CACCACAUCCGCCAUGUCCUCCUACACCGAUAGCGACUCUGCCUUUGACGACGCCGACGACCGCGACCUCGGCGACUGGGACGACGAGGUGCUGGCGCCCGGCGCCGCCGCAGCCGGCGGCAUGCAGUACGCCGGCGCCGAGGCCGACGACGGCAGCGCCGGCGCCACGUUCCGCGCCCUCUUCGCGCAGGACGGCCAGCUGCAGACGUUCGGCACGCCCGAGGCGGCGCUGCAGCACACCAAGGAGCUCGGCUGCGACUUUGUGCAGGUGGUGCGGCGCUGCGCACUCGACCCGCUCGCGGUGAUCCGGCUCCUCAACCACCUGCGGCGCGCCGCGCUGCAGCCCGAGAGCAUCACGGGCCCGGCGCCGACGCCCGCCUCGGUGCAGGCACUGACGGGCGACGAGCCGUUCUUGCACGACGACGUCGAGCUCGCGCCGGUGCCGGGCGCCGAAAUGGACGGCCUGCUGCAGGUCGACUUUGACGCCUUCGCCACCGGCAGCGAGACGGCGGAGCAGGCAUCGACCCGCACCGCCGCGGCGCGCAUCGCCGAGCUCGAGUCGCUGCUGCACGCGAGCCAGCUGGCGUGCGCCGACCUGCGCGAGCGCUUCACGCGCACGUCGGGCAUGGCUGGCGUCGACGACGAGCAGCCGGGCGCGCUGGCGGGCACGUCGGCGUCGUCCGCCCUGCGCGGCUCGGCACGCCUGGCGCCGGCGCGCGACGACGACACGCACUACUUUACCUCGUACGCCGGGCACGACAUCCACCAGACGAUGAUCUCGGACGUGUCGCGCACGCUCUCGUACGCGCGCUUCCUGCUGCACCCGCGCAACGCCGCGCUCAUCCGCGGCAAGGUCGUGAUGGACGUGGGCUGCGGCAGCGGCAUCCUCUCGCUCUUCGCCGCGCGCGCCGGCGCCAAGAAGGUCAUUGCGAUCGAUGCGUCCGACGUGGCGCACCGCGCGGCGGCCAACGUCAAGGACAAUGGCAUGGACGGCAUCGUCGAGGUGGUCAAGGGCAAGGUCGAGGAGCUCGACGAGCGGCUCAAGGAGUACCACGGCAAGGUCGACCUGCUCGUCAGCGAGUGGAUGGGCUACUUCCUCCUGUACGAGUCCAUGCUGCCGUCGGUGCUGCACGCGCGCAACCUGUACCUGGCGCCGACGGGCGUGCUCGCGCCGAGCCACUGCCGCAUGACGCUGGCGGCGCUGAGCGACGCAGAGCUCGUCGACCUGCGCCUGCACUUCUGGAACGACGUGCACGGCUUCAGCAUGACCAAGAUGGGCAAGGGCCUCGACGACGAGGCGUGGAGCGAGAGCGUGACGGGCGACAAGGUCGUGAGCAGCGUGGCGACGAUCUACGACCUGCCGCUGCAAAGCAUGGCCGCACGGCAGCCCAACUUCGUCUCGCCCUUCUCCAUCGUGUGCAACAAGCAGACGACGGUGCACGCGCUCAUCUCCUGGUUCGACACGUGGUUCACGCCGACGGGCCGCCCCUUCCCGUCCGAGGGCCGCACCGAGCUGCCCGGCGGCGAGGAGCUGCCUGGCCUGCCGCCGUGCGACCUGCGGUGUCCCACGCCGGCCGACGUACGCGGCCUGGACCUGCGCGGCAGCGCCCAGGUCGACCCGGCCACCGACGAGGAGGGCGGCGAGACCGUGUCCUUCACCACCGGCCCGCACGGCAAGGAGACGCACUGGAAGCAGACACUCUUCGUGCUCAAGGAGCCCAUCGAGGCACAAGAUGGCACGACCAUCACGGGCAAGAUCCACGUGACGACGGCGUCGGACAACAGCCGCGAGCUCGACGUGGAGCUGCACUACGAGGUGCUGGCGCCCGGCGCGCCCGAGCGCGCCAGCGGCAAGCAGCAGGUCGGCGUGCAGACGGUGCAGCUCUUCGCCGUGCGCUAGACGUGUAUAGAGUGCAAUUGCAUGGGGUAACGAGUGCGGAGCACG